CUCCCUCUUCUCGGCGCCAUAUUGAAUUCAGAACAUCAGAGGAAGCUGAAGUAAAUAAACGACAUCAUGUCUGACGAAGGAAAGCUUUUUAUUGGAGGUCUGAGCUUCGACACCACGGAGCAGUCUCUGGAGGAUGCCUUCUCCAAAUAUGGCAUUAUUACGAAUGUUCACGUCGCCAGAAACAGAGAAACGAACAAGUCAAGGGGCUUCGGCUUUGUCACGUUUGAGAACCCUGAUGAUGCAAAAGACGCCUUGGAGGGAAUGAAUGGAAAAUCUGUGGAUGGGAGGGCAAUCCGUGUGGAUGAGGCCGGGAAGGGAGGUGGUGGCCGCUCUGGAGGUGGUGGAUACAGAGGCAGUGGAGGAGGAAGAGGUGGUGGAUAUUCUCGUGGAGGAAGAGGUGGUGGGUAUGGUGGUGGAGACCGUAGUUAUGGUGGUGGAGACCGUAGUUAUGGUGGUGGAGACCGACGUUAUGGAGGAGACCGGAGCUAUAGUGGGGGCUACAAGAGCGGUGGUGGUGGAGGAUACAAUAGAGACAGGAGUUCCAGCUAUGGAGAUCGUGGCAGCUCCUACAGAGACAACUAUGAUGGAUAUGCUGCACACGAAUAAGGCCCAAGACCAACUCUUCACUGGCUGUGUAUUCUAAAGACGUGCUCCAAGGAUCUGUUCAUUCAUGUAGUAGAAUUCCUUUGUUUAAAAAAAUAAAAUUAAAAAAAAAAAUCAGGGGAAAUGUGGGGUAGGGAGUUGUUCAUAUUGGCUGUGAAAUGUUUCUCUGCUACCACACUGGUAGUCUUUUUUUUUUUUUUUUCCCUCCCCUUGCUUUACUGAAUAAUAAGCUUCAUCAUGUGCUUCUUAUUCCUCUUGGUCUGUUCUGACCAGUUGCCACAGUAUUGCUAUCCCAUUGCAAAUUUUCCAUUUUAAUAUAGGUCAUUAUUUUGAUUUGGGCUGCCCAAUGUCUUUAGUGAGCAUCUACCUCUUAAAGAACCUUUUUAAGCAGAUGUGGAAUUUUCUUAAAGACUAAAAAUUAUAGCAGUGAUUGAUUUGAGCAUAAUUCCAUUUAAAAAUAAAAAGCUAAUAUGAUAAAAAGCAGGAAAGCCAUUGUCCAUAUCAAGUAUCCAAAGAGUUAAUUCCUUGCAGACUGGUGAACACUGCUCGUGAGCUGGCCAGUACUGGUGCUGUUCUUGAAGUGCAGCUUGCCACGUUCACCCCUCACUCUUCCAGAGGUAUCUCUGCCCUGCUUGACGUUUGCUCUUUUUUCUUUUUUCCUUUUUUUUUUUAAAACAUGUUCUGUAAACAUGGACAGACGCUCCUAAACUGUAUAGUAAUCUAUAUGGAAGAUGAGUUAAUGUUGAGAACUGUUACUACUUUUAUGACCCCAAGUCUAAAGGGAUUGUGCUCUGUUUGUAUUGCAAUUGAAUUGUGUCCUUGGCUUCAUGGAGCCUAUUAAAUGAAACAGUUUGAAAAUCGAA